UCGGCCGGGAGCUGCACGGAGCACGUGCCAGGCGCGCAGAAGGCGCUCCAGGCGACACCAGGUGCGCUAAUCGUGGACCAAUCGCGUGGGAAGAGCAAGAUCGCGGGUGAUAUAGGACAUUGCACCCGGGAGAAGCGCGAUCGGAGAUCGCGCGAGUGCGCCGGGGAACAGGAAUGACGCUGCAGGCCCGCGGCGGCGGUGCGAAUGCCGCGCGUUCCAGGACGGUCCCGAUGCUCGCUGCCCUGGCACCGCUACUCAUAUUCGUCGGCAUCGACGGCGUCGUGCACGGCGUCGCGCGCUCCGCGUUUCCACAAGAUUCGACGAACAGCGCGACGGGCUCGAUUUUCGUAGCACCAGUUGGGAAUCAGACUGCCGCGAUUGGUCGCGAGGUCGUCUUCUCUUGCAGCGUUCGCAACAUAAGCAUUCGUAAAUACAAGGUUGGCUGGCUGCGCACCUCGGACCAGACGAUUCUCUCGAUCCACACCAGGAUCGUGACGCACAAUGCACGUAUCACGGUCACCUACGAAAGCGGGGCGAGCUCCGGGUCGUCCGCCGGCGCGUCCGGCGGCACUUCGGGGGUGACCGGAAGUAGUCAGGCCACGGAGGAAAUCGUCGACGGUACGUGGCGUUUGCACAUUCGCCAGCUGAAGGAGAGCGACAGGGAUUGUUACAUGUGCCAGAUCAACACCAGCCCGAUGAUAUCCGAGCUCGGUUGUCUCGACAUACAUGUGCCGCCCGACAUCGUUUAUGGGGGUGACACCAGCGCCGAUCUGGCAGUGGCAGAGGGUGACAACGCGACCUUGAGCUGUCGCGCGACAGGACACCCACCUCCGAGAGUGUCCUGGCGGCGGGAGGAUGGAGAACCCAUCAUCAUAAGGGCUUCCACGGCAGGUGGUAGCACUUUCGAGAAGCACGACCACUACAACGGCUCGCUGCUGCAUUUCUACCGUGUCGAGAGGCGGCAAAUGGGGGCGUAUCUCUGCAUCGCCAGCAACGACGUGCCGCCAGCGGUUAGCAAACGGGUGACGCUCGCUGUGAAUUUCGCACCUGUCGUAAAAGCACCCAACCAGCUAUUGGGCGCUCCUCUGGGUACAGACGUGCAGCUCGAGUGCUAUGUCGAAGCGUUUCCGAACACGAUCAAUUAUUGGGUAAAGAAUCAACGAGGCACGGAAGACGAAAUGUUAUUGGAAGGACCGAAAUAUAGCGUGCGGGAGGAACGUACGGGAUACACGGUCCUGAUGUGGCUCUUAAUCAAAAAAUUUACGGAUAGAGACGUCGGUAGUUACAAAUGCGUUUCAACGAAUAGCCUAGGAAAGGCGGACGGAACUUUGAGAUUGUAUGAAAUUAAAAUUGGCUUCGACAGAGGAUCUCGAGCGAAGGAUCACGUUUCUAUUAUCGGUGGUUUAGCCGAGGCUGCUCAAAGUUCCGGCGCCAGCAGCGGCGUCGGCGGUUUCUCCGGAAGUAGCAGCUUGUCGCACAUCCUAUCGAUGUUUUUCUUCAUACCGAUACUAUGGCCACGGUGAAGAAGGCAUCCACUACUGGUCACCGCUAAGCUACUUAGUGCCGGAUGACUUUGUGCCAAAAAAAAAAGACAAGAAUGUAGAGAGAAUGCGCGGAGUGCGAGAGAUAGUAUGGUAGAGGACGUAUGAAAGCGAUCAACAAGAGCAUGCUCAAGAAAAAAAGAGAGAUAAAAAAAGAAAAAAAGAGAAAGAAAGAGAGAGAGAAAAUGACAGAAAGAAAGAGAGAGAGAGAAUGAGAAUAAGAUAAUAAAUCGGAGUCUUCGGUACUCCAAAUUCUUCCUACUUUCCUUUCCUACUCCCGAGUGUCGAAGACAUUUUUAGAUCAAUGAAUGUUGUCAAUGUACGCGUCGCUUUAGAUUCGCGCUUCGCGGAUCGGCCGAGCAAAGCUCGAUUUGCGCUGUUUGUUUCAUACGGCAUCGUCGGACAAACGGAAAUCGGCACUGAACUAAAACUGCUACAUCAAUUGUAACUCGUUUUAAUAUACUUUACACUCGAAAUAUAUUUGACGGAGAUAUUACAUACGAUCGAUGCGGAUAGCGUGAACCGUGCCCGAAAUACACCGAUACGCGAAUUGACGAAUUCGAAAGGAAGGGGGGAUUUGCCAUCGCGGGGAUGCUUUAUGAAUUGAUAAUAAUCAACGGUCGUUUUGUCAUUAAUUUAUCGCGCUGCUGACUGACUUUGAACGUCGGAAAACUUUGAUGUUUCGAAAUAAAAAUAAGGAUCGAACGUUGUA